GAAUCGGCAGUUGAACUCGGAGCGACUCGUGUUACAAGCAGAUAUUGCUGUAUUAUUAAUGACCCGUAGGUGGCAGACGAACUAUUAACUUCUGACCGGCCCAGCAGCGAAGCAAUGGCGCUGGCAGAGAUGGUGAAGGUAGUAGGUAGGAAGAGGCAGAGGCCAAUUUGGGAUUCAAACAACAGCAAGUGCAUGGUGAUCAGAAGCGAUGGUAGCAUUUGUGGGACUUUACUAAAGGAGUCAGUGAGUGUUUGGUUUAAGAUCUACUGUCUGCUCGUCAUGACUGUGAUCGCCGCCACAUACACCGUGGCUCUCCGAUACACCAGAACCAUCUCAUCAGAGCUGUACUUCUCCACCACUGCAGUCUGCAUCACUGAGAUCAUCAAACUCAUGCUCAGUCUGGGCAUGCUCGUGAGGGAGACUGGUGAUGUCGCCAGGUGUAAGGCUGCUCUGGUCCAUCACAUCUUCAGAAGUCCUAAGGAGCUGCUGAAGCUCAGCGUCCCAUCGGUGGUUUACGCCAUCCAGAACAACAUGGCCUUCGUGGCGUUGAGCAAUCUGGACGCUGCCGUCUACCAGGUGACGUAUCAGCUGAAGAUCCCGUGUACGGCGCUGUGUACCGUGCUCAUGCUCAGUCGUUCUCUGAGUCGUCUGCAGUGGUUCUCGGUGUUCAUGCUCUGCGGGGGGGUGACGCUGGUGCAGUGGACACCACCAGAAUCCACUAAAGUUCAGGUGGAGCAGAAUCCGUUCGUGGGCUUCAUGGCGAUUGCGGUGGCGGUCCUGUGCUCGGGGUUUGCGGGUGUGUACUUUGAGAAGGUUCUGAAGAGUUCAGACACGUCGCUGUGGGUGCGAAACAUUCAGAUGUACCUGUCGGGUAUAGCUGUGACCUUCCUAGGUGUCAUCGUGACAGACGGCGCCAAAGUGAUGGAGAAAGGAUUCUUUUACGGAUACACGCCCUUGGUCUGCCUGGUCAUCUUUCUGGCGAGUGUUGGAGGAAUGUACACGUCUGUGGUGGUGAAGUACACGGAUAACAUCAUGAAGGGAUUUUCAGCGGCCGCCGCUAUCGUUCUGUCCACCGUGGCGUCUGUGAUUCUCUUCGGCCUGCAGAUCACCACGACGUUCAUGAGCGGAUCCAUGCUGGUGUGCGUCUCUAUAUACCUGUACGGACUGCCAAAACAAGACACCAGCAAAGCGUCAACACCCAGCGCGGAUAAAGACGAGAAACAGAAACGGACAGCGGUCUGAUCUGAGAUCAGUGAGACACACUCGCGACUGUUUCCAGCAGACGAAGACUGACGGCUAACAGAAGAACUGAAGCAUAAUGAAACCCUUCUGUUGAAGGAAGGCUGGGUGUUAUGGAAAUGGACGGGUUGAGGGUUCUUUUAUUUGUUGUUAUAGUGUCCAGAUCACAAGAAUCCAACACUGUUAAUGCCAAAACUGUCCUCUGAAUGUACACGUGCAUACGAGACACAUGAAGAAACUUUUUCAAAUAUUGAAUACAGAAGAUGAUGAAUCUCAUCGCUGCAGUAGAAAUGUUGAAGGUGUCGGGUAUUGCUACGCCUCUUUCUCGAGGACGAUCUCUGCGUGUAUUAAAAUGGUUUCAUCUUGACAACAUACAUUUUUGUGACCCCAGCUGAACUUCCGGUACACAUUCACAAACAAUAGAGCGCCUGUAGAUUAUUUCUGAUAACAAACAAAAGAAACCGAGAAGAAGCGUUAGAUGGCUAAACUUCAACUUCGUCUCUCCAAUAUUAUGAAUUUAGACUGCGAUACCAAGCUCAACAGCAAAACCAUAUGGUUUCUUUAAAUGCGUCAAAACUACAUGACCAAUUCAACAAAUUGUUUAUUUAAUACAAUCAACAUUAGUGGUGUCAAUCGAUUAAAAAAAUUAAUCGGAUUAAUCACACAUUUUUUCUGUGAUUAAUCACGAUUAAUUUCACAUAACAAUUAUAUUUUAAAAUAUACUUUUACAUUUUAAUAAUUUCACAAUUUCACAAUCUUCAAAUUGAUGUAAAAACAACAUAUUUCUUUAACAGCAUCAUUUUGUGAAAGCUAACACUUUGAUAUUAGUAUUGUAACUGAUGUCUCUAUUAAAUUUAUUAUUUUAACAUGAAUUAUAGCCAUUCAACAGUAUAAUUGAGAGCUCAUGUAGGAAACAUACAGAAAUAGAAGGACACUUUACAGUCUUUAAUGCUAAAUUAUAAAUUAAAUGCAGAAGAAUUCUCAUUAAAGCUACAACAUCACAUUGAUUUCUUCUUUUAUUUUGUUCUUUGAUUAACUUUAGUGACAGGAGUCACAGCAGCACGUUUAAUAAGAGCGCGGCCCCUUUAAGAGCUGUCUCAGUACGCAGAUCUGACCGUCACCGCACUCCCAUUUUCACAACUCUUUGCAUUCAUUUAAGAUUUUAUUUUACACUUUGAAGUCUGUGCUUAAGAAAAUGCUAGACAAAACGGGCUUUCUGACAUAAUCUUGUGUGGUUUUAUCCAUUCAAGCACGAAAGAGAACUGAACACGGAUGCGCUGUCUGACAGAGAUUCACCGACGCAGCCUUCAGCCCGUGACUGUUUACACCAGACUGGACCUCGCUUUGCCGCGUCCCACAGUUUAGAAGCUGUCUGUCUUCAUUGAACGCGUCAAAGGAACUGUUUCAAAUCGCGCUUAAGUGGUUUAAAAGCCUGUACACGAAUAAGAGCGUGAUUACAUAAUGUCACGCUAGACAAAGAAUGUCAAAACAAACGGAUGCUGCGUUAAUUGCGUUAAAUAUUUUCUCACGCGUUAAUUUGAAAAAAUGAAUCGCAUGCGUUAACGUUGACAGCCCUAAUCAACAUACAACAAAAUUCAACAAAUCGUUUAUUUAAUACAAUCAUUAUACAGUAAAAUAAAAAAUUAAUAUGAACGUAAAUUAAAUCAAAUAUAAACAAGACACUAGCCAAACACAAACCGGAAGUUAACUGGAGAUCAGACGCGUUGAAACGGUCUGUAAGGUGAUAUUUUAUGUUUCUGUUAUGUACCUGAUGUGUGGGGUCUCAAUCCACAUAUGCUAUAUUAAAACAUCACGGUGAUGAUGA